GAAGCAGGCGGCCGGCAGCAGGCGCCCUGAGGGGGCAGGUAGUGCCGAGUGGCGUGGGGAGGGGCCAGUCCUCUUUGAACUCGGGCAAGGGUGAGGCGGAGCCCUCCGACGAAAGGGCUGGCGAAGCGGCGAGUGGACUCCAGGCGCUUGAUCCUCGGUAGCCCCAGGAAGGCUGCAAGGUAGUGGUGGGGGAGUUGUGGUGGCGGCGGCGGCGGCUGCGUCGCGCGGCUGGAUGGGAAGCCGGUGCGGCGAGUGCGGCUGCAGUGGCGGCGGGCAUGGGAGAGCAGCUCAGCACGGAGAGCGCCCCGCCGGAGCCAGCCACUGAGCCGCCUCUGCCGGCUGCGAGAGCUCUGCAGCCGCCGCCGCCGCCCGCCCCAAGCGGAAGGGCAUCCAGGCCACAGCCAGAGGAGGACGCAGGAGCGCCUCUACCGCCGCCCGCUGAACCGCAAGGCCGGGCGACGGAGGACGGCGUGGGAGAUCCCCCAGAAGACAGUCCUGACUCGGCAGACGAGAGCAGCAAUAGUCGCCGGCUUCCCUCGAGGCCCAUCUAUUGCACCGUCUACUGCGUGGAGAGCGACCGGAGGCCCGGGCCGCCCGAGUCUCCUCUGCGUGCAGGCGGGGAAGGAGGGGAGCCCUGCUCCACAGCUGCCCCGCUGACCUCUUUCCGAGGGGACGGCAAAGGGGGAGGCGGGGGCAUCGAGCUGGACUUGUACCUCCUGCCCGAGCCUUUCUCCGGGUUCAUCUCCGGGGACUUUGGGUCUUUGCUGGUGCUGACUUGCCGCGUAUGUCUGGAGGAGAAACCCCUCAAGCCCCUGUCUUGCUGCAAGAAGCCCGUCUGCGAGGACUGCCUGAAACGCUAUCUCAGCUCCCAAGUGCAGGUGGGACAAGCAGACAUCCAGUGUCCAAUAACAGAAUGCAGUGAACAUUUGGAUGAAUCUACUGUCCUGUACCACUUGCCACAUGAUGACAUCAUCAAGUAUAAAUACUUCCUGGAACUCAGCCGAAUUGGCUCAAGCACCAAGCCAUGCCCUCAAUGCAAGCACUUUACCACCUUCAGGAAGAGAGGCCACAUUCCAACCCCUACCAAAAUGGAGAACAAAUACAAAAUUCAGUGCCCAACGUGCCAAUUUGUGUGGUGUUUUAAGUGCCACUCUCCCUGGCACGAAGGUGUCAACUGCAAAGAGUACAAAAGAGGGGACAAGCUUUUGCGUCACUGGGCCAGUGAAAUUGAACAUGGGCAGAGAAAUGCUCAGAAGUGUCCAAAGUGCAAGAUCCACAUCCAGAGAACAGAAGGAUGUGACCACAUGACAUGUUCACAGUGUAAUACUAAUUUCUGUUACCGCUGCGGAGAGAGAUAUCGCCAACUCCGUUUCUUUGGAGAUCACACAUCAAACCUCAGUAUAUUUGGAUGCAAAUACCGCUACCUCCCUGAGAGACCACAUUUAAGGAGAUUAGUACGAGGUUCUGUCUGUGGAAGUAGUGCUCAGUAUACAGAUAGCAAAGUAGUGCUAGGAUAUAUUAACAAUAUACACUCGAGAUUUUACGUACAUGUGGAGUCAAUAGAGUGGAUCAAAUAUCGUGAAGAUCACCUCACACACCUAACGUCAGAGUUCCUGAACGCUGAACUUCAGUGA